CACGCUGAGGCACGGAACGGAACGGCACCGCACGGCUGCACACAGGGAGAACCGGACCAGGUGAAUGCGGUCCUCCACGCGGGACACUGUCGCACACACUUUCCCAUCACUUCCGGAGAUAAGCAGGCGAAGCGGGCCAUCUCCACCCAGACAGUGAAGAGGAAUCCCACUCCUCCUCCUCCUCCGUGACCAGCUUCCAGAGUCUCCCCAGCGGCCCGAGGGACGCGUGGUCUGACCGCGGUGUGUGUCCAGCUGCCCCCCCUCCCUACGGGUAUCGAACCUCUCCAGGUGUUCCACAGUGCGGUGAAGUGCGGUGCUGUCUGUGGCCCCAGCUGUGCGGGAAGGAGCCGUGUCCGCCAUGGAGAACGCUCACACGAAGAGUGUGGAAGAAGUUUACAGUUAUUUCUGCGUCAACGAGAGCACCGGACUGUCCCUGGACGAGGUGAAGAGGCAGAAGGAGAAAUGGGGCCUAAACGAGUUGCCAGCGGAAGAAGGGAAAUCUUUAAUGGAGCUUGUCCUCGAGCAGUUUGAAGAUUUGCUUGUUCGAAUUCUUCUGCUGGCUGCGGUUAUAUCUUUUGUCCUGGCCUGGUUUGAGGAGGGGGAGGAAACGAUCACAGCCUUUGUGGAGCCCUUUGUAAUCUUACUCAUUCUUAUAGCCAAUGCCAUCGUCGGUGUGUGGCAGGAACGCAAUGCUGAGGAUGCCAUUGAGGCACUUAAAGAGUACGAGCCUGAGAUGGGGAAAGUCUACCGGCAGGACAGGAAAACUGUGCAGAGGAUCAAGGCCAGAGAGAUCGUGCCUGGUGACAUCGUGGAGGUUGCCGUUGGAGACAAGGUACCUGCUGACAUCCGGAUCUGUUCCAUCAAAUCAACCACCUUGAGAGUUGAUCAGUCCAUUCUGACUGGUGAAUCUGUCUCAGUCAUCAAACACACCGACCCUGUGCCCGACCCACGUGCCGUCAAUCAGGACAAGAAGAACAUGCUCUUCUCCGGUACUAACAUCGCAUCUGGGAAGGCCGUGGGUGUGGCUGUGGCCACCGGCGUUAACACAGAGAUUGGUAAGAUUCGUGAUGAGAUGGCUGCCACUGAGCAAGAGAAGACGCCCCUGCAGCAGAAGCUUGACGAGUUUGGCGAGCAGCUGUCCAAGGUCAUCUCCAUCAUCUGCAUUGCCGUGUGGAUGAUCAAUAUCGGACACUUCAACGACCCCGUCCACGGAGGCUCCUGGAUCCGUGGGGCGGUCUACUACUUCAAGAUCGCUGUGGCGCUGGCAGUGGCCGCCAUCCCCGAGGGUCUCCCGGCCGUUAUCACGACCUGCCUGGCUCUGGGCACUCGCCGCAUGGCCAAGAAGAACGCCAUUGUCCGCAGUCUGCCAUCUGUUGAGACCCUGGGCUGCACCUCUGUCAUUUGUUCUGAUAAGACCGGAACCCUGACAACCAACCAGAUGUCUGUGUGCAGAAUGUUCAUCGUCAACAAAGCUGAAGGUGACAGCUGCUCUCUGUCCGAGUUCACCAUCACAGGUUCUACCUACGCACCUGAGGGAGAAGUGUACCAGGAUGAUAAACAAGUGAAGUCCUCCCAGUAUGAUGGCCUCGUUGAACUGGCCACCAUCUGUGCUCUGUGUAACGACUCCUCCCUGGACUUCAAUGAGGUGAAGGGUGUGUAUGAGAAGGUCGGCGAGGCCACAGAGACGGCGCUGACAUGUCUGGUGGAGAAGAUGAACGUGUUCGACACCGAAGUCAACAGCCUGUCCAAGAUCGACAAAGCUAACGCCUGCAACUCUGUGAUCAAACAGCUGAUGAAGAAGGAGUUCACCCUCGAGUUCUCCAGAGACAGGAAGUCCAUGUCUGUCUACUGCACCCCCAACAAGUCUCGUUCUUCCAUGGGCAAGAUGUUUGUCAAGGGGGCUCCAGAGGGAGUUAUUGAGAGAUGCACUCAUGUCAGAGUUGGUAACAGCAAAGUUCCCCUCAACAAAAGUAUCAAAGAAAAGAUCAUGUCUGUGAUCCGUGACUACGGGACAGGUCGGGACACCCUGAGGUGCCUGGCUCUGGCCACACGAGACAGCCCACCCAAAAUGGAGGACAUGAUUCUGUUAGACGCAGCAAAAUUCGUGGAUUACGAGUCCGACCUGACCUUCGUCGGCUGUGUCGGCAUGCUGGACCCCCCCAGGCAGGAGGUGGCCGCCUCCAUCAAGCUGUGCCGCAAGGCUGGCAUCCGCGUCAUCAUGAUCACUGGGGACAACAAGGGCACGGCCGUGGCUAUCUGCCGCCGAAUCGGCAUCCUGAGCGAGGAGGAUGACAUUGAGCGCAUGGCCUUCACCGGACGGGAGUUCGACGACCUGUCGCCAGCCGACCAGCUGGAGGCUGUGACUAACGCUCGCUGCUUCGCUCGAGUUGAGCCUUCCCACAAGUCCAAGAUCAUUGAGUUCCUGCAAGGAUUUGACGAGAUCACUGCUAUGACAGGUGAUGGAGUGAACGAUGCUCCUGCUCUGAAGAAGGCAGAGAUCGGCAUCGCCAUGGGCUCUGGCACUGCCGUGGCCAAGUCGGCCUCUGAGAUGGUCCUCGCCGACGACAACUUCUCUUCCAUUGUGGCCGCCGUUGAAGAAGGCCGAGCUAUUUACAAUAACAUGAAGCAGUUCAUCAGAUACCUUAUCUCCUCCAAUGUUGGAGAGGUGGUUUGCAUCUUCCUGACGGCCGCACUGGGUUUCCCUGAGGCUCUGAUCCCAGUUCAGCUGCUGUGGGUCAACCUGGUGACGGACGGCCUCCCCGCCACCGCCCUCGGCUUCAACCCCCCAGACCUGGACAUCAUGGAUAAGCCGCCCCGCAACGCAAAGGAGGCCCUCAUCUCUGGCUGGCUCUUCUUCAGAUACUUGGCCAUUGGAUGCUAUGUGGGUGCAGCCACAGUGGGAGCUGCCGCCUGGUGGUUUAUCCUCUCUGACGAUGGACCUCAGGUCUCUCUGUACCAGCUGAGCCACUUCCUCCAGUGCAGCGCCGACAACCCAGAGUUCGAGGGACUGGACUGCCACGUGUUCGAGUCGCCCUACCCCAUGACCAUGGCCUUGUCUGUGCUGGUCACCAUUGAGAUGUGCAACGCUCUGAACAGUCUGUCAGAGAACCAGUCCCUGCUGCGGAUGCCACCCUGGGAGAACGUUUGGCUGCUGGGGGCCAUCUGCCUCUCCAUGUCCCUCCACUUCCUCAUCCUCUAUGUGGAGCCUCUGCCUGUCAUAUUCCAGAUUACUCCUCUGGACGUGACCCAGUGGAUGAUGGUGCUGAAGAUCUCUCUGCCGGUCAUCCUGCUGGACGAGCUGCUUAAGUUUUUGGCCAGGAACUACUCGGACCUCGGUAAAAAGCAGGAGAAGCCGGCCGCCGGAGGCCGCUCUCUGUCCGCAUGCACCGAGGGCAUCUCCUGGCCCUUCGUGGCCAUCUCCCUGCCUCUGCUGCUGUGGAUCUACAGCACCGACACUAACGUGUCCGCCAUGUUGUGGCCCUGACUGACUCCUGUGCACACUCCCCCUCCUCCCCCCUCCCCCUGUGCACCAGUGUGAAGUGGGAAUUAACGCAAACAUCUAACACCCUCACAUUCAUUCGGAACAACUCUCAGUCGAGCCGUGCACCUGCUCUGAUGGCCUGUGGGCCGUGAGAUCUUUUGUAUUUAGGACAUUUUCACUGUUACAUAUUUUUACGUAGGGAGAGAUGCAGACUGGGGGG